AUGGCUGAAAUAUUCGAAGAGGUGAGCACUGCUACUCACGCCUCUCACAAUGCAUGUGACCCGAAUGUAGUGAGCUCUGAGGCACUGCCCAUGCAAACUCUGUAUCAACUAUCUGCCUCAGGAGCAGCUCAACAAAAUCAGCAAAUUCCGAUUGGACUGGGUAAUUCACUGUUGUAUCAACAAUUGGCAGCCCAACAACAGAUUGCCGUUCAACAGCAUCAACAGCAACUCGCAGUUUCAGCAGCACACCAAUCUCAAAACAACAUCAUGCUGGCAACUAGUGCCCCAUCGCUGAUCAAUCACAUUGAGAAUCCAACAGAAUCGAAAGUCAAGGACGAUCCAAACAGCGACUACGAUUUGCAAAUUUCGAUUCAACAGCAUAUGGCAGCUGCUGCACAGGCAGCACAAUUGGGUCCCCAAAUGGGACAACCGCAGAUCGGUCCACAGAUUGUGGGACAACAAGGGCAACAGGUUGCAGUCACGACCGCCGGGCCAACGAAUGGCACAUCGGCCGUCACACAGCCCGAUCCCAGCACUAGCUCUGGACCCGAUGGACCGAAAAGAUUACACGUCUCGAAUAUCCCAUUCAGAUUCAGAGAUCCAGAUCUUAAAACUAUGUUUGAAAAGUUCGGCGUUGUUUCUGACGUAGAAAUUAUUUUCAAUGAACGUGGUUCAAAGGGAUUCGGAUUUGUAACAAUGGAAAGACCUCAAGAUGCUGAGAGAGCACGUCAAGAACUUCAUGGUUCGAUGAUCGAAGGUAGAAAGAUUGAAGUGAACUGUGCCACAGCUCGUGUACACUCAAAGAAAGUAAAACCAGCAGGAGGAAUUCUGGAUACUAUGAAUCCUCUGAUGGCUCAGUCCGCAAUGGCUGCACAGGCUCAAAUGAACAGAGCUUUUCUUCUGAGGAGCCCACUUGUUGCUCAAUCUCUGCUUGGAAGAGGCGCUGGUCUUAUCUCUGGAAUUCAGCAACCAAAUGCCUUCCAACUACAAGCUGCUCUCGCGGCCAAUCCAUUGGCACAACUUCAAGGGCAACCUUUACUAUUCAAUGCGGCUGCUCUUCAGUCCAGUGCGUUGCAACAAUCUGCAUUUGGAAUGGAUCAAGCAACGGUUCAAGCUGCUCUUCUGGCCAAUGAGCAAGCUCGGUUACAAUUUGCUGCCGCCGCUGCUCAAGGACGGAUUCCUUCAGCUGGAAAUGCGUCUGCAUUUGGAGAACAGUAUUUAGGAAAUGCAUUAUCAGCUGCUUCAUUAUCUUCAUAUCAAAUUAACCCUGCAUUGAGAACACUGAACCGUUUUACACCCUAUUAA